AGCUUUGGCGUAGGGGGUGUGUCAGAGCCAUGUAAGCAUGGAGGGGCAACAGUCGCAACAGAUGAGUGCAGAAGUGCUGCAGCAGCUGUACCAAUCCGACAUGCAGCAGCAGUUGAGCCCUGAGCAGCAGGCACAGCAGGCGCAGCAGAUGCAGCAGAUGCAGAUGCAGUGGCAGCUUUUGCAGCAGAGGAUGCAGGAGAUGCGGGAGGCUGGCGAACAGGAGACCGAGGAUCAAGAAGAGGGGCAGCAAAAUGAGCAGUAUGAAGCCGGACAGUACCAGGACUCUGCGGCAAAUGCUUACCAACAAGACUCAGGCAAUCAAGGGCAAAUGAGCCAACAAGAAAUGGAGAUGCAGUAUCAGAUGCAAAAUGAAGGCCAGGAAGAGUGGCAAGAGUCAGAUCAGUAUGACGAGGACAUGCAGGACCAAAUGCAGCAGCAGAUGCAGCAGCAAAUGCAGAAGCAAAUGCAGCAGCAAAUGCAACAGCGAAUGCAGCAGCAGAUGCAGCAGCAGAUGAUGCAAGAGCAGAUGAUGCAGGAACAAAUGAUGCAGGAGCAACCCCAAUCCCAAUAUCAAGAGCCACCGCGUGCCAACCAGAACCCUCUCACAGGUGCAAACUACACUCCCCGCUUUUAUCACCUCUUGGAGAAGCGUCAGCGGCUGCCUGCCUGGGCAGCCAGACAAGAGUUCCUGAGGCUGAUGCAGGAACACCAGGUUCUCAUGCUGGCGGGUGCGCCGGGUUCCGGCAAGACCACCCAGUUGCCGCAGAUCCUGCUAGAUGCUGGCUACCAUGUGCAGGACGGCCAGGUCAGGGCCAUUUGCUGUGUGCAGCCGAACCCCAUGGCGACCAUCAGCGCCGCCAUGCGCAUCUGCGAGGAGCUAGAAGUGCAGGUGGGCACUUUUGUGGGCCACGUCACCCGGUUCGAGGACCGGACCUCUGGCGACACCCUGCUGCGCUUCCUCACGGAUGAGGCGUUAUUCCGCGAAGCUUUGGAGGACCCACUGCUGGAGAGAUAUAGCGUCAUCAUCUUGGAUGAGGUGCAUCAGCGGAGUAGCGAGACGGACGUGUUGAUGGGCAUCCUGAAGAUGGUGAUGCAGCGGCGCCAAGAGCUCAAGCUGCUGCUGCUGUCCUCGGACUCGGCGGCCGCGAAGGUGCAGCGCUUCUUCGAGGCGCCGCUGCUGAAGGUCCCAACCCGCGCCUUCCCGGUGGCCAUCUUCCACACAGAGGAGCGGGAGGAGCGGGACUACUUGAAGGCGGCGGUGCGUGCCGCGGUUCAGAUCCACCAGUCGGAGCCGGAGGGCGAUGUCUUGUUGUUCCUGCCUCACGAGGAGGAGAUCGACGUGGCGUGCCAGCUGCUGCGGAAGGAGGCGGCGCACAUGCCGCUGGGAGAGCUCCAGGUUCGGGCGCUCUACGUUGGUCUGCCUCUGAUGGACGUGCAGCGGGUCUUUGAGCCCCCUCAGCCCAUCAGGAAUAUGCAACAACAGAUGCAGAAGCAAAGCCGCAAGAUCGUAGUGGCCAGCAGUGUCGCCGAGACAGCAGUGUGCAUCGACGGCAUCACUUAUGUGAUCGAUGCCGGUGUGGAGAAGCAGCGGGUCUACAAUCCCAGGACCCGGAUGGAGGGACAGGUGGUGACACCGAUCUCCAAGAUAUCAGCUGUGCAGCGGAGCAGCCUGGCAGGGCGAAGCCGGCCAGGCAAGUGCUUCAGGCUGUACCCGGAGAAGGCCCAAAGCGAGUGGCCGCCCUGCAUACAGCCGGAGAUCAAGAGAUCAAAUCUCACGACGGUGGUUCUGAUGCUGAAGCGCUUGGGCUUCGACGACGUGGUGCACUUCGACUUCGUGGACCCCCCACCUCCCGAGGCCUUGAUGCGGGCCUUGCAGGCGCUGAACCACCUGGGCUGUGUGGAUGACAACGGCAACAUCACAGAGGUUGGCCACCAAGCGUGCCGCUUGCCGCUGGACCCACAGAUAGCCAAGAUGCUGAUAGAAGCCCCGCGGCACAGAUGUAGCAACGAAGCAUUGUCCAUAGCCGCAAUGCUGUGUUCUCUGCCGGUCUGGCUCAGACCAAACGAUGCAUUCAGGGCAGCCAACGAGGCAAAGGCGCGCUUUGCUCAUAUGGAUGGCGAUCACCUGACUUUGCUGAACGUUUUUCAUGCUUACAAGCAACAAAUCCAGGAUGGUCACGACCCAAGCAGGUUUUGUGCGGAGAACUUCAUCUCUAUCAGAGCCAUGCGGAACGCAGAAAUUGCACGUGACCACCUGAAGAAGAUCAUGGAGAGCAUCGGGCUGCAGAUGGUUAGCACUGAUUUCCAGGACAAGGAGUACUACCCCAACAUUCGCAGAUGUUUAGUCUCUGGCUUUUUCAUGCAAGUUGCAUGCUUGGAGAGUGAGAAGCGCGGAGCUUAUAGCAUGCUGCGUGAGGGGCAGGAAGUUGUCCUUCAUCCAUCUACUUCUUUGGGUCACCGGCCGGAAUGGCUGGUUUUCCAUGAGCUGUCACUUUCCUCCAAAGUCUUCAUCAAGACAGGAACCCAGAUCAAGCCAGAGUGGCUGCUGGAUUUGGCACCUCGUGGCUAUUUCGACCCCCAGAAAAUCGCGGAGAAGUGCUCAGCACGUGGGAAGCUGGAAAAGCUCCUCAGGCGCUUUUCCCAGGAAGCCUGAGCCUUUUGGCAGCUCUUGCGAUGUUCACAGGCGCCGGGCUGGUUGGCUUUGGCAGUUUGGCUGCUCCGCCGACUGUUGCCCCGUGCGCCAGAUCACGUUUCACAACGGAGUGAGGUAUGUUGGCAGGAUAUGGCUCAUAGACUGGGCGGUAACUCUUGGCA